UCUUUAUCCCUCCCUCUCUCGAUUCCGCAAAUGUAGUUAAAAUAAAAUCUCUCAACUGUCACUUUCUUCAAGCUUGGAAGAAAAAAAUCGGGUACCAAACCAUUCUUGGUAAGUGUUGGAGUGAAAGAAAGAAAGGGUGGUCCACAACGUGCUCUCUUACUCUCUUUUUGACAUUUUCAAAUGCGAAGUGGGUUUCAUCUCUGUCAUUCCAUUUCCAAUUGAGCUGAACAGCAAGCAAGCUCAGGUUCCAUCCUCCAUCCUUUUCAGUCAUGGGGAAGAUUGCAACGCAGCCUUUAUCUCGAGAGGCUUCGAAUUAUGAUGAAGUUUUCAUGCAACAGAGCUUGCUCUUUGAUGAUAGUCUAAAGGAUUUGAAAAAUCUGAGAACACAAUUAUACUCAGCAGCUGAAUAUUUUGAACUCUCUUACGCCAAUGAUGACCAAAAACAAAUAGUGAUUGAAACAUUGAAGGAUUAUGCCAUCAAAGCUCUUAUAAAUUCGGUGGAUCAUUUAGGGUCUGUGACCUAUAAGGUGAAUGACUUGUUAGAUGAAAAGAUUGUUGAAGUUUCUGAAACACAGCUACGUUUAUCAUGUAUUCAACAGAGAAUAAGUACGUGCCAUGCAUUCAUGGAUCAUGAGGGGCGUACCCAGCAAUCAUUGGUGAUUGAUGCUCCAAAAUAUCAUAAACGUUAUAUUUUGCCAGCCGGGGAGACCUUGCGUGGUGCCAAGUUAACAAAAUCAAUAUACAUGGGAUGCAGCCUAGAUGAUGAAGAUGACUGGCAUCACUUCAGAAAUGCUGUUCGAGCUACGAUACGAGAAACGCCAACAUCUACAGAGAGCAAAGGGCGUUCCCCAUCACCUUCUUUGCAACCUCAGAGAGCAGGAGCAUUUUCAUUCACUUCAACCAUGCCAAAAAAAGAUUUAGAGAAGCGAACAGUUUCACCAUAUAGAUUUCCACUUUUACGCACUGGAUCCAUGUCAGGUAGGCCUACAACACCCAAGAAUAGUAGACCAACUACUCCAAACUCAAGCAGAAGACCCACCACAUCAAGUCCUUCUGAUGCAAGAUUAAUGUACCCUUCAGAGCCACGCAAAUCAGCCUCAAUGCGAUUACCUGCCGAGAGAGACAGCAACAAAGAUGUAGAACACCAACACCACAGUAAAAGUAAACGUCUCCUGAAGUCCUUGCUUAGCAGGCGCAAGUCUAAGAAGGAUGACUUGCUAUACACUUACUUAGAUGAAUACUAAUUGAUACAAACAAUUGUCUAUAGAAUGAAUGCAAGGGAAAGAGUUCAUCUGGAAAGAGUUUUUCCUAUUUCAUUUUGACAGGCUGCACUUCUUUAUUGCCUACUUAUUCGUUCCCCGUUUGGUCCCUUUGUUAAAUGUCCAUUUCUUUGAAGUCUGGAAUGAACAUCUAUAUGGUAGUUAUUUAUUUGUUUGUUUGUUUUUGGUGCUUUAUCGAAGUUAUUUUUUGAGAAUGAA